AUGGAAGAGAGAACCCUGCCGCUCCCUGUCAUGGGAGGAGCCUUCAUGGAUUCGCCCAACGAUGAAUUUGGAACGGAAUAUUCCUUAUUCAACUCCUCAGCCAACGUACAUGCAGCCUCUUACGCUCAAAGCCCACCGGAAGAGCAAGCACAUUCCUCUAACGAUGCCAUAUUAUUAUGGAUUGCAAUCAUCGCCACCAUUGGAAAUAUUGUGGUCGUAGGAGUGGUCUAUGCCUUCACUUUCUAAGAAGACUGAGAUUGCUGACAAUGGGGCUUGGAGACACAAACAACAUUUUUUAUUGAUGUACAUACAUUGUUCAUUAUUUAAGGCCUGUCAGGCCUAAAAAAGAAAAGUCCAUGAAACAUUUAACAAAAGGAAUGAUAUUUCAUUGUGGGGAGUAAACAGGCUUAAGUGCUCUGGAGUUACCCUAGUUCAAUAGCCUAAGGGUCUGUGCCGCUAUGCCGCUUGUGGAAAUGGAAGGCUCCUAUGCUAAAUUAGAUUAAUGUGAAUUGAUAAUUGUUGUUGUUUCUUAUAGUACAGUAUUACCACAGCUUUUAUUAGUGUUUGCAUAACAAUACUUUCAAAAACAAACAUUUUUUUAAAAAGUUUUUAUUUCUUAUUUGGAAUUCUCAAAGGAAUUUUAAUUUAACUGGGUCUCCAGCUGUACACUAUAGGAAACAGAAAUGAGAACAUGUGUCAUGGUCUAAUUAGCUAAUUAUCUGGCUCUCAGAUAUAUGACCUAGUAAACAAAGGGCGAAUGGAACUGCAUAACGUAAUCCCUGAAUUAAACCAAACUUGUUUAUUCAUCUUAACAGAUAUGUGUCAUUUACCAAGGGCUCUGAAUAACAGUGUUAGCUCUUAUUUUCUUUUUCUUUAUC